UUGCUUGUCUUUGCUCAUCCUGACGAUGAAUGUAUGUUUUUUGGUCCAGCCUUAACAACUCUGAUAGAGGAUAAUGAAAUCAGCAUAUUGUGUCUGACUUCAGGAAACUUCUAUAAUAUUGGUAAUAUAAGAAAAGGGGAACUUGUUAAAAGUGCUGAAGUUUUUGGGAUCAAGUCAGAUGGUGUCAAUAUUAUAGAUAAAAAAGAAAUACCUGAUGAUGGUGAUGUACACUGGGAUAGAGACGUCGUUAGUAAUGAAAUCAUUAAUAUCAUCAAUAAAACAACACCAGAUAUAAUUUUAACAUUUGAUUAUUAUGGUGUAAGUGGACACAGAAAUCAUGGCGAACUAUUUUAUUGUUUACAAUCUAUACUCCAUGAUACUAGAAAAUUAGAAAUACCUGAAGUUUACAGUUUAGAAAGUAUAUCAAUCUGGAGAAAGUAUAUCUCUAUUUUAGAUAUUCUUUAUACUUUACUAUCGUACAAUCAACAUAAAUUAUUGUUUAUAUCUACGUUACAUCAAGUUUUAACAACUCAGAAAGCCAUGUAUUGUCAUUGGAGUCAGUUAUUAUGGUUUAGAAGACUGUAUAUUAUAUUUUCUAGAUAUAUGUUUAUUAAUACU